AUGGGCCUAAUAAAUGAAAAAUAUGAUUUGAAUUUGGAGACUCGGGCCGAGUUUGAUUAUUUAAAAACAGAUUUCCUAGAAGGCCGUAACGUAGUAGAGCAAGAUACCUUUGUGCUUAGGAUUCACAGAGGAAAAGUUUUUGAAGAGUUUUUGGAAGCGUUCAAAGAAAAUAUUGUUGUCAUCGAUAAUAUAAAAAUUGUAAUGAUUUUACCAAAUGGAGAAAUCGAGCAAGGAGAAGACAUGGGCGAAGUCUUAAGGGAUUCUCUCGCAGAGUUUUGGACCACAUUUUAUGACCGAUGCACCACUGGAACAACAUUUAAAAUCCCUUACAUUCGACACGAUUUUGCACCAGUUUUUAUAAAAUCUUGUAUUGACAACUCUGCAAUCGUAGAUGAAGAACUCGUAGAAAAUUUCUUAAAUUAUAUAUCAGAUUCAGAUUCGAAAAUGGUGAAAGAUUCCUUUAUUGAUUGCGAAAAUGUGGAUUCCGAUGAAAUCCUGGAAUUUGUUUCGGGGUACGAUUCUAAAUGGAAUCUAACAAAAGACAACAUAAAACAGUUAAUCAGAGACAUCGCUCAUAAGGAACCUAUUCAAAAACCCUCUUUCGUAAUCAAAUGUUUUCAUCAAAUAAUUUCAAAAAGUAGCAUUACAUUAGAAGUGAUACAAAAUCUUUACACGGACUUACAACCAAGUGUGAAAAAUUGUUUAAAACAGAUUAUUUUACAAAAGAAAGAAGAAAACCUGAUUAUUGAAGAAAUACAAACAUUUUCGUAUUUAAAGAAGUACAUAAAAGAAAGCGAUUCCAAAACCAGACAAGCCCUACUAAGAUUCUGUACAGGUUCAGAUUUGCCAGUCGGAAAAAUUACUGUAGAUUUCAAUGCAUCAUCUGGGCACAGUCGGACUCCGAUAGGACAUACUUGGUCAGGAAUUCUAGAACUUCCUUUUACUUACGAAAAUUUUCCAACAUUUCGCAGUGAACUUAAUAACAUUUUGAAUUCCAAUAUAUGGGUAAUGAAUGUUAUUUGA